GUUUGUAAAACGGGCGAUGUCAUACGGACCUUACCCAAACCCGAUUACAGUCGAGGAUGGGGCCGAAAAAGAGGGGGAAACGGAGGAGCUAUUCGUCUCCGACCAGAGAUUCAGCCAUCGGCUCACCGUCUCCUGGGUCGUCACCGUUUCCCCUCUCUCCGGCCAGAGGAGCCUCUGUUUUCGGCCGGGACGUGGUCGUCACCGAAGAGGACACCCUCGGUUUUUUCGAGAACCUGCAAAUCUCGCCCCCCGAUCCUAACCCUAACCCUAGGAGCUUCCCCUUCAGCGUGAAGCAACAAUGCUGGGAGAAAGCCGAGAAGAUCAAGGGCCGAGACCCGGAUCGCUGGCGCCGAGACCCACUUGGCAAUACCGUGUUCCGGAAGCUCGUGGGCUGCUCCGGUUGUCUCUGCCACGACUACGACCACAUUGUUCCUUACUCUAAGGGCGGUAAAAGUAUACUUGAGAACUGCCAAGUUUUACAGAAAAAGGACUUUUGUUCCAUGGCACACUCUUGGUGCAGGCAACAGUUAAUCGAUCGAAGGGCAAUCGGACAGACAUAUCCAGAGCAGAUCUUAUACAGAAAAGUUCAUACUGCAGGGUUUCAGGCCGUGACAUGGAUCUUCUUGAACUGUCAGCCUAUGGUAAUGUCCGACGAGCACAGGACUCCGGAGGAUGUAACAUUCAGUGAUCUUGUAAGCGUUGGCAGUGUAAAUGUUCUAAGACUUUAGGUGGAGAUGUUGAAAUUGUACUUAAAAUCUGUUGGCUAGUCAAAGGUAGCUGCGCUGCCUCCAUUGAUGACAAUUGCAUGUAGAGUACACUGAAACCAUUGUUCUACUCAUGCUUAUGAGAUUAUUGACGAACCAAUCCAUUUUGGAUUUUCUCUAUU